AUCGAAGAGAACCGAACUUGAGGAGAGAAAAGGAGAGAAAGAACAUGGACACGAGUUCAUCUCCUACUGCUCCCGCCAUUCUCAUCCCUGCUUCACCUGGAGAGGGUGCAGAAGAAAAGGACAAUGACCCAAGCAUGACUCUUCUAAGCACCAGCCCUACGCCUCAAGGAGAGUUGGCCCUAGCUGGAGAGCUGGGAACGACGGACAAGCUUAUUUUCGAAGCAAAGAAGCAUCCGUCAGACACUCUGAGGUCGAUGCAAGAACUGAGGGACGAGGAGAAGCUUUGCGAUGUCACACUUCUCGUGCAAGGAGUCGAGAUUAAGGCGCACAAGAUAGUUCUAGCUGCCAGCAGUCAUUAUUUCAGGUCAAUGUUUGCUGGCGACAUGAUCGAGAGUCGUAGCUCAAGCGUAGAACUAAAAGACGUCGAACCCGACGCCAUAUCGCUCCUAGUUGAGUACUCUUACACCUCACAGCUUGAAAUAACCUCCAACAACGUCCAGUCAGUAAUGGCCGCUGCAUCUAUCUUUGACUUUCCUUUCGUCCUCGAGGCGACGGCGAAAUUCCUUGCAACCCACCUCCAUCCUUCAAACUGUCUUGGCAUGAGAGCGUUUGGCCGUACGUACGGGAGCGAAGCUCUUGUUAAUGCUGCCUCGCGUCACUUUAGAAAUCAUUUCACUGACGCUAUCAAGAGCGAGGAAUUUCUCCAACUUCCCCCGGAGGUUUUUUCCGAGUUAUUGGACAGCGACGAGGUGAAUGUGAGGACGGAGGAGGACAUAUUCAGGUCACUGGAACUAUGGUUGAACUACGAGCCUGAGUCACGUAAAGACAGCUUACCCAAAUUACUCAACCACAUCCGUCUUCCUUUGCUACCUCUAAAUUUCCUCAAAUAUCGAGUCGAGUCGAAUCCUUACAUCAAGAGGAGUCUUGAUUGUCGGGAUCUCAUCGAUGAAGCGAAAAACUACCACCUCUUUCCCGAUGACUAUUCGCAAAUCAAAGGAACCCAAUUUCACCCACGGAAGUCGACAGUCGGAGUUCUCUUUGCUAUUGGUGGGCGUGGUGCUGUAGGGGAGCCUUUCUGUAGCGUGGAGUGUUAU